GCGGCGGGAUCGGGAGCGGCGGGAUCGGGAGCGGGAUCGGGAGCGGGAUGGCCGGCCCGCAGCAGGCCCCGCACCUCCAUCUGGCCGAGCUCACCGCCUCCCAGUUCCUCGACAUCUGGCGGCACUUCGACGCGGACGGAAAUGGCUACAUUGAAGGCAAAGAGCUGGAAAAUUUCUUCCAAGAGCUGGAAAGUGCAAGAAAGGGGGCGGGUGUGGACUCAAAGAAGGACAAUUUGGCUGACAAGAUGAAGGAGUUCAUGCACAAAUACGACAAAAAUGCAGAUGGCAAAAUCGAGAUGGCAGAGCUGGCCCAGAUCCUGCCCACGGAGGAGAAUUUUCUGCUGUGUUUCCGUCAGCAUGUGGGCUCCAGUUCAGAGUUCAUGGAGGCUUGGCGCAGGUACGACACGGAUCGCAGCGGCUACAUCGAAGCCAACGAGCUCAAGGGCUUCUUAUCGGACCUGCUGAAGAAGGCAAACCGGCCCUACGAUGAGCCCAAGCUGCAGGAGUACACACAGACCAUUCUGCGGAUGUUCGACAUGAAUGGGGACGGGAAGCUGGGCCUCUCCGAGAUGUCCCGACUUUUGCCUGUGCAAGAAAACUUUCUUCUGAAGUUUCAGGGAAUGAAGCUGUCCUCAGAUGAGUUCAAUGCCAUCUUUGCCUUCUACGACAAGGAUGGGAAUGGCUUCAUUGAUGAGAAUGAGCUGGAUGCACUUUUGAAAGACCUGUAUGAGAAGAAUAAAAAAGAGAUGAACAUCCAGCAGCUCACCAACUACAGGAAGAGCAUCAUGAACCUCUCCGACGGGGGCAAACUCUACCGCAAGGAACUGGAGAUGGUGCUCUGCAAUGAGCCCCCCAUGUAGGACCCCCAUACACACAGCCCAUGCUCCUCCUCCCCUGAAACAAGCACAAGGUGGAGCCCCCAUCACUGCAGAGCUCCCCCAACAGCUCUUGGGUUUGCUGUAGGUUGCUAAAAUCCCAUGUGGGGGGGAAAAGGUUUUUUUUUUUCCCAUCUGCCUGGUUUGUUUAAUUAUAUGACUUUUUUUUUCUUUGCGGGGGUGUUGUUUUCAUUCCUUUGGUCUCUUGAGUUUCUAUCAUUUACCAAAGAACAGUUUACUAAUAAAUUCAAGUACUGCUAGACUGGAGCCCCUAUUUCUCCAUCCCAUGGUGGGCUGCGGGGUGACAGGGAGGAGGGAGACAUCCCCACACUCGGAUCCCACAGAGGACAUGGCUUCUGGGAAAGGGAGAUGGAGCAUUUGGGAUGGAAUGAGGGUCAUUGAAAAUUCCUGGGGAGCAGAGUGUAGGCAGGCUGGGUGGGGACACUGUACCUCCCAGGCCCUGCCAAAGCCUCUGGGACAUCCCAAGGGUUGUUUCCCCCACUCCCAGUUUUGG